AUGACUCAAAGCAGUAUAAAACACGUGCUUAUCAUUGGCGGUGGGCCGACAGGUCUUUUACUCGCUGGUCUUCUUCGUGAUCAAAAUGUGCCUGUUACUGUUAUUGAAAAACGAAGAGAAAUGACACGAACACGAUGUGUUAAAUUAUUAGAAAGAAUUCUAUCAUACAAUACAGUUUCUGAUGAACUUUAUUUAUUUUCUGAAAGCCAACUUGAAGAACGACGAAAAGCCAUCAAAUCUAUGAAACCAAAACUCUUUAAGAUAAUUGCUAAUUGGCUAGAAAUAACUACACCUCUUCAACAUAUUCAGGAGACACUAGCAAAUUACUAUACUUCAGCUGACGAUCAAAUUCGUUUUAGUGAUCAAUACGACUUCAGUAAAAAUUUGGAUAUACUUGACUAUCAUCCGAAUACGAUUGUGAUCGAUUGUACAGGUUAUCAUUCUGUAUUACGUAAUCUCAUUUUACCAAAUAAUCGUGUUGAUCGAUUUAUUGAAUAUGUUUUAAUAUGUACAUUUAUAUAUGAAGACAGAUAUAUAUGCAAUGAGUUAUGCAAAUAUUAUAAAAAUCAAAAUACAAAAAAAUUUCAAAUCAUUCCAGCAAUUGAUGAUACUUAUACUACAGGAGAGAGACAAACACAUGUUACAUGUUUAAUUACAAUUGAGACGCCGCUGUACAAACAAUUGUCGAAGAUAGGACGUAUAACAUAUGAUUAUUUAAAAGAAAAUCAAAAUGAAAUCUAUGAUGAUCUGAAUACGUUUUUUAGUAAUCUUUCAACUGGAAAUUUGAACAAAAUUCACUUUGAUACGAUGGAAUUCAUUUGUAUUCCUUUACAAGUAUAUCGUGCUAGAAAAUUCACACAUACAGUGAAUAAUAACGAUCUCAAUCAACAUUGGGUAUUGAUGGGUGAUGCAGCGAUGGGUGGACCUUAUUUUCAAUCGAUUAGUAUGGGCUUUGAAUCGGCUAUUUAUUUCGCUUAUCUUUUUAAAAAUACGAACGGAAAUACUCAAGAUAUGUUGAAGCUAUAUGAAGAAUAUGUAGACAGAUUAUGGUUGACACUUCAGAUUCGUACAAGAGAAAUUCAACGAAACAAACAAAUUUUGCAAGCAUUAUGUGCUAAUGAUACACCUGGAAUUUUGAACAAGAUCAGAACUUAUUAA